UGAGGCCCAAGUAACCCCAAAACACAAUUCCCCCUUUUUUGUUAGCCUGCGGAAGCAAGCAAGACAAGCCGUGAGAGAGAGGCAGUGGAUGCUGAAGAUUUGAGGGGAGAAAAAUGGCGGUUUCUGGAGAUUUGAGGGUCGUUGCAACAUUGAGCUCUUAUCCUACGCAUCCUCUUCGAAGCUCUUUACUCUCUUCAAAGGUUGGAUUUGCCGGUGCAUUGAAUGGAGAAUCUAGUAUCCCUGAUAUCACACCUAGAUGGCCUAGCUUAGUACUUAAUGGCCAUCCCGUGCACUGUCAUUCAAAAAGAAUUUUUGGGAUCAUGGGUGAUAAUAAGCUAUCUCCAAGAUCGAUUAGCCAAGAAGCGGAGAGUCUCCUCCUAAAUGCUAUAAAUAUGAACUUCCUUGAGCGUUUAAACUUGGCUUGGAAGAUUAUAUUCCCACCACAAAAAACAAGACACUCUAAUGCAAGGAUUGCGAAGCAGCGCCUGCAGAUGAUUCUCUUCUCCGACCGCUGUGCAGUUAGUGAUGAGGCAAAACAGAAGAUUGUCAACAACAUUGUGCAUGCUCUGUCAGAUUUUGUGGAGAUAGAAUCACAGGAUAAAGUCCAGCUGAGUGUUUCAACGGACCCAAAUCUUGGGACUGUUUACUCUGUCACGGUGCCAGUACGGCGGGUGAAGCCAGAGUACCAAGCUGUAGAUGAGAUGGGAACAAUAGCAAACAUCGAGUACAAAGAUAAUGGAGAUAGUUCUGGUUCUGUUGAUGUCAGGUUUGAUUUCGUCAUCCCAAGUUAGAAUUCUUGGCAAUGACUGAAGCAAAAAGCUGGGGACAAGAUUGGCCGGUUGCAAAAGUUUAUUGUUUUAAAUUUUCAAGUUUUUAGCCUGUUGGCCAACCUUACAUUUCUGUAUAUAUAUAUUUGCAAUUUCCCGUGAGGAAAUUGAAGAGUUUGUUGCUUUUGAAAUUUCUAGUAUGGUGGGUUGAUGAAA